AUGGCAAGCAGCGUCAUUUCGGUGGUGUCACGCUCAAGUAGUCAGCUGAAUAUGCACCAACCGAUCGACGAAUGGGUACGAACGGACGGCCAACCCGCAGCGUUCCAGAAGUGCGCAGUGUUUACGACGGUGAGCGGACGGCUCACGGUGAGGUGCUUUGAAGCGGGGGACGCCAAUCCUGAGCGGACGGCUCAACCCGCAGCGUUCCAGAAGUGCGCAGUGUUUACGACGGUGAGCGGACGGCUCGCGGUGAGGUGCCUUGAAGCGGAGGACGCCAGCCAAUUGAGCGGACGGCUCAAUCUACUCCCUGUAACGACGCACCGUUUGGACCUCACAGAACAAGCUAUCCAGAGUCAUUCCGGUGAAGCAGUACCCAGUACUGCUGGUAAAGAGCUGUCACAUACGACCCGAACCAACUGGAAGGCUGCGCAAGCGAUAGCGGAGCAGUAUUGGAAACGUUGGAUUAAGGAAUACCUACCAACAAUCUCGAAACGAGAAAAGUGGCUAAAACUAUCCAAGCCGGUGCAAGUAGACGACAUCGUCACAUUCCCCGACGAAAAUAGGAUAGGAAAGUGGAUUAAAGGGCGAGUCACAGAAACCUUUGCUGGUCAAGACGGGAUCGUAAGAUCGGUCAGACUCAAGGUAGGGCAAAACGAGUAUCGUAAGGCGGUGGUGAAUCUAGCAGUUUUGGACGUAAAACCAAGCGACCAAAACCAAGACAACUCCCCACCAACUUGGGGAAGGAAACGAAGCUUAGACCUAAAGCUAAUUAAAGAGAAGGCAAGCGCACUAAAUCAAAGUAUAUCAAAAAAACGUCCCAGAGUGACAAUCAAUCCCGUGACAUGGCAAUUGUCAUAAAAUUCGUACUUGUGGUGUGCUGUGCCGUAUCCGCUCUUAAAAUAGAGCCCGUUUUGGAGGCCGGGUUGUUCUUCGAUCACGCGGGCACGUUACUUUUAGAAAGGGGCAAGUGGGAUACACUAUAUUUUACUCGUAUACGUCCUGAGAACGAUACGAAAUUAAUAUCUACAAUCGAACUAGAGCUGAAGAACGCCGUGUUGGCAACCAAUGAAACAGAUAUAAGGGUAUUAAACCUAAAGACGUCGCUAGAUAAUGAAUGUAGAUACGCAAGGAAACUAAUCCAAGACAACAUCAAGUUCAGAGAAAAAAGAAGUCGAGGAAUAUUCGGAAUCUUAAAGGACUUUUUAUUUGGAGGCAGUGAUAUCGACGAGCAGCUCGCUCUGUUUCGAACUUCAGAAGAUCAGAGGCUGGCAGUUAUUACAAAUAAACUAGAAAGAGAUAACGAUAACCACAGCAAGGUUGAAAGUCACUUGAGCACAAGAAUACAUCGAUUACAAGACGGAAUAACCGCAUUAAACAAAGCCGUAAAUGAAAAUAAAAAACUCCAAAUGUCCAAAUAUAUCGAAGAAACACUAAUUCUAGCAAAUGUAGUAAUUCAGGGAAUUAUAACCAAGUAUAAGGCACUAACCGACAACCCAUUAACAAACGAAGAUCAGAAUGCCAUGAUUAAGGAGAUAAAGACAAAACUUCCGAACAACGAAGUUCUGAAAAACCCCUUUGUAAAGAACAAGGCUCUCAUAAACGGAGAGAUUAUUCUUCACGUAGAAUAUACAAUACUUAGCAAUGAGCAUUUCGAAAUACUAAACGUCAUUCCGAUUCCAUGCAUGCAGAACUACUCAAUACUGAACAUCAAAAAUGAACGGAUAGCUAUAAGCGACAAAGGUAACUACUUAUACCCAGAAAGCUUUACGAUCAUAAAUGACACGCACGCCUUAUCGCACGAUACGACGAUUCGCAGGAACUUAGAUUGUAUUGUAGCGGCGAUAUUGCAUAAGGAAUCUAAUAUUACGUGCAUGGUAUCAAAAUUAAAUGUCCCGUUUACAAAAUUUGUUACUCUGCACUCGCCGAACAAAAUUUUGUACUAUACGACACAACCAAACAAAAUUUAUUUAAACUGCAAUCGAACAAUAACCAACCCUGCUCACAAUAUAGGGGUAAUCACGCUAUCUGAAACAUGUAGCGUAGAAACAGAUGAAAUAACCAUCCAACCAGUGAUAGCAAGGCAAAAUAUACUCCACAAAACAUAUUUUAAAUCACUUAAACAAAUGUCGUCGGUUUCGCCAAUAAACGAAAAGAAGAGCGAAGAUCCAAUAAUAGCGAUAACAAUAGGAAUAGUCAUAGGCAUGAUAUCCGUUGCGAUGAUAAUAGCAUUCGCUAUUGUAAAGUGGCAUCCCCGAAAUCAAAAGAAACCAUUCCCCCUACCGUCAAAUGAUAUAGAAUUGUAACCCCUCUGAAAGGAAUUACGGGGGUGGGGAUGUCGCCGACAGGGUCACUCCGUUAGAAGCGCACGCCGCGUGUGAGACAUAAGAGCUGCAUCGGCAGUCUGGGUGCAGUGAUUGAUCAAGUUUCGCGCCCAAGCCGGUGCCGCGGUUUUCGCGGCGUCAACAAUUUGGGUGCUACGAUCAAUCGCAGCCCAAAAUGCUGGUGCAUCGUUGAUCGCACGCACCACGAACCUUGCCACGGCUUUGCAUCGUCGGCAAUUUGAGUGCCGUGCAACGAUAAAAUAAGCCAGCAACAGGUGGUGCGCGUAUGGUAAACAUUAUUGUUAAGUAAGCAAAAAUUUAGUAUUUAAGAACGUUAAUUUUAACCAAUAAAGGCAGUAUGUCUAAAAGUA